CGACCACCUCCGUGAGCCCACCCGGCAGAGACAUGAAGGACACGACCAUCGGAACCACUGCCACCCCUACCGGUACCGGAGAGGUGGUCCUCAGCAGCCAGUUCGGUUCCGAGGAGGACCCGUUUGCAGACUACAUGUGGAUGGAGAAUGAGGAGGAGUUCAACAGACAGGUGGAGGAGGAGCUGUGGGAGGAGGAGUUCCUGGAGAACUGCUUCCAGGAGAUGCUGGAUGAGGAGGAGCAGUGGGAGUGGUUCAUCCCAUCCAGAGACCUCCCACCUGGGAGCGUGGCUCAGCUGCAGGAGCAGAUCAGCCUCCUGGUUCUGGACCCAGAGAACCGCAAUGAUGCAGACCUGGAGCUGGUGGUGAGGAGCAGCCUGAACCCAAACGCCAAGGAGUUCACCCCGGGUAUCCAGAAGCACAACCUGUGACCCCCCCCCCCCCCCCCGCUCUGUGACAUCAUCAGCAGGACGUCUGCUGGAUUUUCAGCCACCGACCGACCCUUCAGCCUCACGUGUUGCCAAAGUUCUGCUGUCGCCUGCAUUUGUUCUGACGAAGCUUAUAUCAAGACUCACAGGACACCUGACAGGUGGACACCUGUCAGGUGUCCACCUGACAAGUGUCACCUGACUGGUGGACACUUAUCAGCUGAGUGUCGGGGGAACUCUCUGAAUGUGAAGCAGCUUGUUGCCGUCUCUCAUCGUCUGUGCGGUGGAACCUCGUUCUCCUCGGAACCUUUAGGAUCCACUCAUAGGUCCCUCAGAACCCGGAGGUCGUCCCCAGCCCCUCCAUCCCAUCACUCCGUCCUGUUCAGACCUCGUCUGGUUCUGACCAGUCCGGUUAGGUUUGGUACCGUUUGGUCCAAUCAGAAUCCGCUGGGGUCUGGUCUGACCCGGUUCUGUUCGUGUGAUGUUUCCCAGAACCUUCAGUGUCUGUAACUCUGCGUCGCUCUGCAGCUUCAUUUCCUGACGUCUUAAAACUUUUUCUAAACGCGCACAAAGUACUGUAAAAAAA